ACGUAAUGUCGAAUGCGACUAAGUUUAGUCGAAUGCUUUUUGGAGAAUAGCAUUUAGCAGUCGACUACGACAUAAUCAAUCGAGUUUAGUCGCACACGACUUCUUGUCGAUCGAUCUCGAGAAUAGGGCCCCAGCCUUUGGCGUGUGCCGGUCUCGUAUGCGAUUUCGUUGCGUUUAAUAUGUUUUAGGUUCGACUCUGAUGUCGCUAAAUCAUUUCGUAAACGUUAAGCGACGUGCAGUGCACGUUCGAAGAACGAUCAGUUUGUCGGUCGGUCGGUCGGUCGCUUAGCUUUUGCGUACCGUCCCAGUCUUCCGACAACCGUUUCCUCACAAUUGUUGACGAUUUCUGUGAAACGAAAUAUAGUUCAACUGGCGCACAUAAUAAUGUGAACCACACGACAUGACUACUCUACCGAGGCCGAACGUCAUCGAUUGUAGAACUGACUGACAAGCGAUUUGUACUAGAAUUUCUACAUCAAUAUAAAAACCGCCAGAGUCUAGCCAUGUAUGUAACAUACUAGUUUACAAUCAAUGAGAAAAUGACACAGCUACACAUCUAAAUGAUGCAUAAUAAUCCAAUUUAAAGUGACCAGCUGAGGCUUUGCCAUGCACAAGUAUGAUGUGCUGGUUGUACAAGGAAAAGCGAAACUUAUAUUUCCUGUAAAAGACGAUAAUGUUGUGCUGUAUUAUGUGCCAACCAGUGAGCUAUUUGAUAUAUUGCAAGCCACACAUAUAUCAAUAGGACAUGGUGGGCGUGAUCGAAUGAUCAAAGAACUUGGUAAUAAAUAUAAAAAUAUAACACGUAAUGAUGUAGAGACAUUUUUGCAUUUUUCUGAAACAUGUCAACAAAAACAAAAAGGCUCAAAAAAAGGAGUGGUAGUUAAACCAAUAAUAUCUUCAGACUUUAAUUCCCGAUGCCAAGUUGAUUUAAUAGACUUUCAGUCUCACCCUGAUGGAAAAUUUAAAUUCAUUAUGGUGUACCAGGAUCACCUCACUAAAUUUGUUGUUCUCAAGCCCCUCGAAUUUAAACCGGCUGAAGAGGUAGUCUAUAAUAUCAUAGAUAUUUUUACGUUGCUUGCAGCUCCUACUAUUUUGCAGUCUGAUAAUGGACGAGAAUUUUCAUACCAAAUAGUGUCUAAUUUAAGAAACAUGUGGCCCAAAUUAAAAAUAGUACAUGGCAAACCGAGGCACAGUCAGUCUCAAGGUAGUGUAGAACGUGCAAAUCAAGAUAUUGAAAAUAUGUUGACAACAUAGAUGCAAGAUGAAAAAAACCGACACUGGAGCGAAGGACUUUGAUUCAUCCAGCUUAUGAAAAACCGAGCUUAUCAUUCUGGUAUUAAAAUAUCUCCAUAUGAAGCUUUAUUUGGCUGCAAAAUUAGAAUUGGUCUAAACACUUCAAAUUUACCUGACGAUGUAAUAAGUACGAUUGGAAAUGAAGAACAGUUGGCUUAAUUAAUUACAGAACAGUCACAAAAUAUCGAAAAUAAAGUAUUAGUUGACACAGAACAUAUCACAGAACAACCACAAAAUAUUGAAAAUGAAGUAUAGAGAAAAUGUACAUUAGAAAAGUAGUUUGUGUGGUCUCUCUGGUAGCAGGAGCCACUAGUGUUCUGGUUGACAAGCACUUUUGGAAUUGUUGUGCGAUUGAUGUUGAGAUUUAGUUUAGUUUUUGAAUUAAUUUGCUGUGUUAAAUUCUUCAAUAUUUUUAACCUUUUCUCAGACUGUUUCUUCAUCCUCAGAUUGGGUAUUAUGUUUUAGCCUGCUCGUGGUUCUCCCUUUAUGCACUUAGUGCAGCCAAGUUUAAUGAGUGCAACUGUACCACCACUAAGGCUUAAAAGGUAAUAACUCAGCCUCUAGGUAACAUUAAAAAAAAAUGGGUACUAAAUGAUACUGAGAAUAGCACUACCCAUAAGUUCUGGCCCUGCAAAUAAAAAUAUCAUGAUUUCAUCCCUGCUAAGUCUACAAUAGAUCUGGAUGCAUUAUUCACAUCGGGUUUGCUUAUGUUUUAUCAUAAAAUGUUUACAUCAUCCUCUUCAUCACUGGCGAUCACCAUUUUACCACCAUUUCAGCUGCUUUGUCUAUUUUUUCUUCAGUUGAUUCUUAUUUUCUUAGUGCCUCACCAUUACAAAUUAUUUAUGUUUGUAUAAUUUCUUCGUCAGCAGAACACAAUUUGUAUUUUUAAUUAUUGUUCUGGAGAUAUUUGUCUUAGACAUGAACUCCAUUUUGGUCUGAUGAGCUUCUUCAAAAUACACUUUUACUACAGUUAAAUUUUUCCCCCAAGUAUUCUCGAGGUGUGUAUUACAAAUAAAACAGCUG